AUGAAUAUCGAUUUAAAACGAUUAUUUAUCAUCUCAAUUGAUAGAUUAGAUAAAUUAUUUUUAUCUUUAUUAGAAUCAUCAUUGGUUAUAAUACCUUUAUCGAAUCAUUUAUUUUCUUUAUUAUAUUAUACAACUACAAAUCUUGAUUCUGAUAACCGAAUGAAAAAAUGUAUCCAUGAAUGUUCAUCGACAAUAAGUGGAUCUGCUAGUGAACUUUAUCCUCCUUUAACCACAAAUCUAACUCGAGGUCAUUCUCGUCAAGUAAGUAAAAGUAGUAGUGAUGAAGAAAGUCAUAACCAAUCCCAACGACGUUUAAUUACUAAACGAAGAGUUCCAUGUAUUGAUCAAUUUGGAGAUAUUCAACGACGAUUACAUUCAACUCGUGUUGAUGCGAGUGAAGUUGUCAAUAGUGUUAUUAAUAAUACUGCUAAAACAGUAGAAAAUCCAAAUGGGUAUUUAUGUUUAAUGUAUAAUGAAGAUAGAACAUCACGUGUUGGUUAA